CCCCGCCGGGGAUGCGGCGGAGGCGGCGGCGGAGGCGGAGGCCGUGGCUCUGAGGCCGAGCAUGGCCGGCCCCGGCCCGACCUACCCGCUCCACCGGCUCGUUUGGGCCAACCGGCACCGUGAGCUGGAGGCCGCGCUGCACAGCCGCCAGCACGACAUUGAGUCAGUGGAUCCUCGGGGUCGGACCCCCCUGGAGCUGGCCGUGUCCCUGGGGAACUUGGAGUCAGUGCGAGUACUGCUCCGGCACAAUGCCAACGUGGGCAAGGAGAACCGCCAGGGCUGGGCAGUCCUUCAGGAGGCUGUCAGUACCGGGGAUCCUGAGAUAGUCCAGCUGGUACUGCAAUACCGGGAUUACCAGCGGGCCACCCAGAGGCUGGCAGGCAUCCCUGAGCUCCUCAACAAGCUUUGUCAGGCACCCGAUUUCUAUGUAGAGAUGAAGUGGGAAUUCACCAGCUGGGUGCCCCUCGUGUCAAAGAUGUGCCCAAGUGACGUGUACCGCGUGUGGAAGCGUGGCCAGAGUCUGCGUGUGGACACCAGCCUCCUGGGCUUUGAGCACAUGACUUGGCAGCGGGGCCGACGGAGCUACAUCUUCAAGGGCCAGGAGGCCGGCGCCCUGGUGAUGGAGGUGGACCAUGACCAGCAGGUGGUGCGCACGGAGACCCUGGCGUUGGCCCUACACGAGCCCGAGGCACUGCUGGCAGCCAUGCAGCCCAGCGAGGAGCAUGUGGCCAGCCGGCUUACCUCCCCCAUCGUGUCUACCUACCUGGACACUCGGAAUGUCGCCUUUGAGAGGAACAAAUGCGGGAUCUGGGGCUGGCGGUCGGAGAAGCUAGAAGUUGUCAGUGGCUAUGAGGCCAAGGUAUACAGUGCCAACAACGUGGAGCUUGUGACGAGGACCCGGACGGAACAUCUCUCUGAUCAGGACAAGGCCAGGACCAAAGGGGGGAAGACACCCUUCCAGUCCUUCCUGGGGAUGGCCCAGCAGCACUCAGUCCACAACGGGGCCCCUGUGCUGCAGUCAGCUAGUCCCACCAACCCCACGGCCAUCUCCCCGGAAGAGUACUUUGACCCCAACUUCAGCCUGGAGGCAAGGAACAUUGGCCGUCCCAUCGAGAUGUCCAGCAAAGUGCAGCGGUUCAAGGCCACCCUCUGGCUGAGCGAGGAGCACCCCCUGUCUCUGGGUGACCAGGUGACACCCAUCAUCGACCUCAUGGCCAUCAGCAAUGCCCACUUUGCCAAACUUCGAGACUUCAUCACCUUGCGCUUGCCACCAGGCUUCCCUGUCAAGAUUGAGAUCCCCUUAUUCCAUGUGCUCAAUGCCCGGAUCACUUUCAGCAACCUGUGUGGCUGUGAUGAGCCUCUGAGCUCUGUGUGGGUGCCGUCUCCCAGCCUGAGGUCCACAGAGUCCACCAGCCCUGCCGCCGCCCCCUUUCCCUGUGAGGUGGACCCCGCCGUGUUUGAGGUACCCGAGGGGUACAGCGUGCUGGGUGCUGGGCAUAGUGAGCCCCUGAGGGAUGAAGAUGACGACCUUCUACAGUUUGCCAUCCAACAGAGCCUGCUAGAGGCUGGGACUGAGACAGAGCAGGUGACCAUCUGGGAAGCUCUGACUAACACCCGGUCAGGCCCAGACCUCCACUCUCCCCCACCUGCCUAUGAGGAGCAGCUGCAGCUGGAGCGGGCCCUCCAGGAGAGCCUGCUGCCACCUUCAGAACCUGGGGGCCUGGGGUCCCCUCGCCUGACUCCUGCCUCCCUGAGCCCCCCCAGCUUCGACGAGCAGCUCCGCCUGGCCCUGGAACUGUCCUCCCGGGAGCAGGAGGAGAGAGAGAGGAGGGGGCAGCAGGAAGAGGAGGAGCUGCAGCGAAUUCUGCGGCUCUCCCUCACUGACCACUGAACUGCCCAGUCAGGAUGGAGGGACACUGCCCAGGCCAGGCCUCAUGCCUGGCUUUUAUAAUUUAUUUAUUUAUGAACUGCUGACCAGCUAGGGGAGGGGUUGGGGGUCAGGGGUUGCCCAAGAUGGAGGUAGGGGAUGGAAAUAAAUUAGAAACC